UCAAAUGAGGCGGAAAUUCCAAAUGAAGCAACCGAGUCAGUAACUUCAUCAGAAGAAAUUAGUGAGGAGGGGACGGUAUCAACUGAGGAAACGCAAACUGAGGCAGUGUCAGAAGAACCAUCAAAUAAGGCGCAAAUCCCACACGCAUCAUUUGAGGAAGUUACUGCAUCAGAAGAAAUUGCUGAUGAGGGAACGGUAUCAACUGAGGAAACGCAAAAUGAGGCAAUGUCGGAGGAACCAUCAAAUGAGGCAGAAAUUCCAAAGGAGGCAACUUCAUCCGACGAAAUUGCUGAGGAGGGAAUGUUUUCCACUGCGCAAAUGCAACACGAAGUUGUUUCAAAUUUACCUCAUAAUUUUGAGCAAAUUCCUCUGGACAAACAUCACACUGAUAAAACCUUUACAACUCCUACUUUGCCUCCUCAACUCUGUGUUCUUGGAUCUUAGUUUUUAUGUGCUUUUCUUUAUCCUAUCUUUCUUUUCCUCUUAUUUAUUCUCUUCAUACUUUUCAAUCCAUUAUAUCAAUUUAAUGUUUAACUAA